UUGGGUUAAAUACCGUGACGUCAGUGACGUCGUGACGUCAGUCCUCGUUUCUAGGUGACCGUGUAUAUAAACCGCGUUGCUAUAGAAACAGGAGACGCUCCAACGCCAGUAUAAGGACCGUUAAAUUUGGGUUCAUUAAUAUCUUGUGUACUUCAGGUUUGCAGGACAGUCGUGAUGCCUCUUUCGGACAGAAUGUACUGCGCUCAGCAGAUCAACAUCCCUCCUGAUCUGCCGGACAUCCUCAAACAGUUCACUAAAGCUGCUAUUAGGACGCAGCCUCCAGAUGUGCUGCAGUGGUCUGCUGACUAUUUCACAGCUCUAUCUGAAGGUGAACCUCUUCCAGUGAAAGACAAGCUGGAAAUAUCUGCAAAAACACCGACUACAGAGAACACACUCACUCCAGGUCUCCUCAAAGUCCUUCAUGAGCAGCUUUCAUCCGAGGAGAGUGUUAGUAGAGAAGAGUUAGUGCAGAAAUGGACAGACCUGCGUCUGCCAGCUGAACAGCUCGACACCCUGCUCAGUCUCGGGAACUUCAGCACGCAGGUCCACUGGAUGCAAUUCUUCGCUCUCGGGUGCAGUGCUUUGGGUGGAACAAUCAUCAGCGCUCUGAAGUUUGCGUGUGAAAUCCUGAGUCAGGACCCGGAAGGGGGAGAAGCUCGAAUCCCCUUCGAAACCUUCGUCAGUCUGUACAGGUAUCUGGCUCAGCUGGACGGAGACAUACCUCAGGACAAGAUUGACAGCUUCCUGUCCCGCUUGCAUGAGCCUGUGACACAGAGAGGUGGGAUGGUCCAGCCGGCUGAUUUCACCGACCUCCAUGUGUAGAGGUGUGAGAGAACAGAUGGCGUUCAGAUUCUCUCUCUCACCAGGCUGGGCUUUAAACAUCUUAUAUAACCGCACUAACGAUGGAGCAGGAUUCCACCUUUAACCCUUUAAAGCCUGGACAUAUUUUAGACCCCUUUUUUUUUAAUUAAUCUUAUUGAUGUAUCCUCAGUUUUUCUGUAAAAUCAGCAAAACCAAAAAUAAAGCACAUUACGGACAACAGGGUGAUGUGAUAAAGCACCA